AUGAUUUGUUUGUCCAAGUUGCCCAGAUAUGCGAACGAGUUGGGGUCUGAAUUCGAUGCAACCUCCAAUAAUGGUCACCAGAACUCGAAAAGUCGCUGCACAAACGACGCGACUGCAGAAGCUAUUGGGCGUCAAAGCCCUAGCAUCCUUACCGUCUACUCUGGUGUCACGUCUCAUUUUCCCACGCCAAAACACCAGACCAUUGCGCAGCAAAUCAAGCCUCGCGGAGCACUGCGGAACGGCAGCGCACCAUGGCCAGGCCACUGCGCCUCUCAACCCUCUACUCAGUGCGAGAAGCGUCGCUACCGACCUCGCCUCUACCUGCAAACACCGUUGGAAGGCCUUGUCACUUGCUCUGGAGGGGAGUAUUGGGACGCUCGGGAGCGACUGGCCCUGCAUAGUUCGUUGAAGGCCUCUGCUCAAGAUAUGCGCGUCCCUGGUCAGGAGGCCGGUGGAGCCAUCCAGGGUCUUGCUCUGAGGAGAGGCUGGUGGCGUUUCGAUCUCCAUUACCGCCGCUCAAGCACGGGUGGAAGUAGACUUGUGCUCACAAACACAUAUUCAUUCUCGGCGAGAAAGAGGUACUCGCAUACGGCAAGCAAGCGAUGA